AUGGUACUGUCACAUAAUAAACCAAACAAACUUCGACAGACGCCGUCGCUGCUGCCGGCGCUUAACACGACGGUGCCCGUCAACGUGGCGGCGCGGCCCGCCGACCUGGCCCAGCGGCAUGCGCCCACCAGGUCCUCCUUGCGCCACUCGCGGCUCGUCUCCAAGGCCUACCAGCAAGAGCUGGACCCGCAGCGGCCACGGGCGUACCGGUCGCGUCGGCUGGCGUGCGCGCUCUCCGGCCUGGAGCUGCUGCUGGGGCUGUCGGUCUGCAUGCUCGCCCUCUGGCUGCUGCUGUGGGCGCCGCGCAUGCGCACGAGGGACGUGCCCUACUGGAGCGGCGCGCCGCUAUUUCUUUCUGGUCUUUGUGGACUUACCCUUGCAGGAUGUCCAGGGGAUUUUCCAGGUUCAUGUAUAAAGUUCUUCAGGGUAGUGAGCAUUAUCCUGGCAAUACAAGCAGCUUUAUCCUGUUUAGUGGCAGCUAUCCUAUCCAUGAUGCAUCUCAUACUUCUCCACUGGGCACAAUGUGAGCCAGAAAGUGCACUUUCAACAAGCUGUGAAUGUCACACUGAGAUGGCAAACAUUCUACGGUAUCCUGAUUUGAGCUGCCCAGCAGUUGUGAAUGUACUGGUGUUGCUACUUGUGGGAUCUUGUGCUUCAAACCUGAUGGGAUGCAUUCUAGCUGCCUGGCUGCUGCCCCUGCAUUGGGGCAGAUAUAGAAGUCAUGGUUACCUGCCAGUAGCCAGUCGGCCUCCAAGCUGACACCUGAAAUGAAAUGAAGUAUUAACAUGCUAAAAAUAGACAGUAACAUUGUACCAAAAGCUACUCCUGAAGAAUGAAAAUGAUUUGAUGGACUUUUUAGAUAAUUUUUAUGGUGAAAUUUAUAAAAUACAGAAUUACCACUAGACGUUGCAUGGAGAUCUCUCCAGGAUGUAAAUGCUAUAUGUCUGACAGGAUUACAUGUGCAGCUUGUAACAAAUAUUACUUCCCUUUUAAUACCCUGUAGACAAGUAGUUUGGUAAGUGUUAAAACAUCUGUGUUUACCAAUGUCAAUGGACAACAUUACAUAAUUUUAUAUUAACUGGAAAUCGUGCCCAUAUUAGAAUUUCAUGAAUGUCCAUCUAUAAUAUUACAAAUUGUCCUUAAAAUACAGCAGAGUCCCGCUAACCCGAACCCCGAUAAUCCAAAUGUUCGGUUAACCCGAACGUUCGGUAAAUCUAAACUUGAAAAAUGUUAAUCUAAGUACAGAAAACUGUGUGGUAAACUACUGUACAUACACAGUAUUUUAAUUCACACAGUACAGUAAACGUGUAUUAGACAAAUUGGCAAGAAAACAUUAGUUUUAAACAAUUCACAACAAUGAAAGAAAAGCUGUCAAACUUACUAAAAUACAGUCGAUAUUUUAUCCCUACUUUUUAUAUGACAAAAACUCAGCCAUUGUUUUUCAGUGUAAUGAAGACAGUGUGCUAUAUGACGCAUAGUUGUGCCAUUGUCUCAAAUAUCAAAUCAGCAGGUGUAGCAGUUGGCUGUUGCUUCGAAUAAUGAAGCACGGGGUCAAAGGCUUCUGCUGCAUCACUUUGUGGCACCAGCUCUCCUUUGUCGCUUUCAGGUUCAUUAUCACUUCCGCCACAGCAGUCCCCUUCUUCCUAGUCUUGAGUCACAGCAGUGUCUGUCAGGUUUUCCACACGUGCCCCAUCCUCUGCAUCCACUCAUCUACAUCUUCUUCAUUAGCUUCAUCACAUCCGGGGAUUGUCUAUCAUUUGUAGUAGCUUCACUCAGUUCUUCUAUCAAUUAGAAGCGAUUGCUUUACCAACACCCAGUUCUGUUGGCAGUUUAGAUACAUUCUCACCACUGUCUAUCUGUAUAAAAGCAUUCAGUUUUUCUUUGAGAAAUAACGUUGUAUGUUUCCAUUUACUCAUGACGAAAAUACAUACACCACUACACCUGAACGAAUACAAUACAAUACAAUACAAUACAACUGUUAUGUGUGCCAGCAAUUGAUAUCUAACAUAACCAAGUGCUUUGCAAGCCAACUGACAGUGCACUGACCCAGAAUGCUAAAAAGGUUUCAACAAUGCACAACAACAAGGGCAGGGAGUGAGAGUGGGCCAUUGUUCCCAAACUUGUUCCCAUUAGUUACCAUGGUGUACCUACUUAUCUGCUUGGUAUACUUCAUUCUAGAAACUCGUCACCGUAAUUCCUGCUAGUCCGAACAAAUUGAUAAUCUGAACAAGGUCCGCUCCGAAUUAGUUUGGAUUAACAGGACUCUACUGUACCAGAAAAACAUGGAUACCAAAAUAGAAUAUGUAAUUCACAACAAAAAUCUCUUUUUACAUGACUUAAUGCAUAAAAAAUUUUAAUGUUUUAAUUGAAUUCGCCAAUCUGUUGCUAAAAUAAAUAUAUAUAUAUACAUAUGUUAUAUAUAAAAACAAAGAUGAGGUGACUUACCGAACAAAAGCGCUGGCAGGUCGAUAGACACACAA